AUGCUUUCAUCAGGCGUCACGCUCUCACUACCCACAUACGGUGCGAUGGGUUCAAACUUCUACCUGAACUUGAAGCCAUCAGAGCUCAGAAGUCUCUGCCACGAACGCCAGCUCCCGACUAUCGGUACCAGAAACCAGCUCAUUCAGCGCCUGAACGCCCACGAUGUAGAGCGCGGCUGCGAUGAUGAUACUACUCGUGAAACUCAGGUAAUUCCGUCCGAUGGGAGAGGCUACGAUCCUGCGCGGCUUAUAGGAAUACCACUCCGCGGCUACUUCCAAUGGGACAACCAGAUGCGCCUAGAUUUUACCAACGGGGAGACUGUGAGUUUCCGCAUCACUCAGACCAGCAUGAGACCGGGCGGCGAGGCCCAAGGAACACACGUCUCAGAGCCCAUCUUCGGCACCGAUCUCAAUCUCCGCAAGGCCCUCGAGAACAUGCUGGGACAAAUCUACCGGGGAGGUCCUCCCACUAGAAUCAUCAACGCCUGCAUCGCCGUGAGAACCAGCCUUCGUAGGAAUCCAACCCUGCCGGUGGGCGAGUGGAGAGAAAACGACGAGUGGUAUCUAAGGAACCCGCCGGUCAAGCAUAGGGUCAUCGGGCUGCAGCUGGAGGGCAUGCACAGGAUGGGGUAUGUGUACUGCUGGGACAAGAGGCUGGUUACGAAGGGAGCAGAGGGCGAUGCGUUCUGCGAUGUCGAGCUGGAUUCUCUGAAAGCUAUGGACUCUGCGUUUGACGAGGACGUUGAUGCCGCGAGCGACGAGAUGUCUCUCGAUGAUGAGUCUGGACGGGAAGAGCACGGAGGAGACAUGGAUUUAGAUACCCCAAGCGCUGGCAUGGUGCAACCUGAUACUGCUUCGGCGCCUGAGAUCCGACCGAGCGGUGCUGAGAGCAAUGCGGGCAUGAGGAAUCAGCAAGUCCAAGCAUCGACAGGAGUGAAGCGGAAGCUCUCAGACGAAGAUGUUUCGGAAGAGAGGGCGCACAAGUUCCGGAGUCAGGCAAGCUAA